AUGCAAGAGACUAAUGUAGGGUUAAGGAACACAAUCUGCUCGAUUCAGAAAGAGGACAAAGGGUGGUGGAAAAGACUGCUGAAGUCUGAAGAGAAGCCGGCGCCUUACAUUAAAGUUGAUUGGAACAAGUGGGUGGAUGAAGAUGACGAGGAAUCAACUAUGGACAUGCUGUAUGACGAUGACGACACACUUGCGGAUGACGAGGAUGCUGAAAGCAAUGACGACGAAGGAAUGCUUUACCUUCCCGAUCUAGAGAAGGCAAGGGGAAAGUGA